UGAUAAAUUCAAUUAAGUGGUUAUUUAAAGGUGGUAAAAGUCAAAAUUACCUUAUAUUUAUAUAUACUCCAUAUGAAUAACAAACAUUAUUAAAGUGAACUUAAGAUAAAUAAUGCAAGAGUUUUGGAGACAGAUAUGAAGCGAACAAGUUACCAGCAUAUGCGAGUAGAAGUUUCUGGAAUAAAUCGCUACUACCCCUGACACAUCAUCCUUGACGUCAGCAGUUUCUUCCUGUUUCAGAACCCAGUCGCUCCUUUCCUCCCAACAAUUUCUUAAUCAUUUCUAUAAAAGUAAUUUUUGUAAAAGAAAGAGUUUGGUUGAUUUGAAAAUGCAUUCCAAAUCGCCGAAAAACGUGGUGGUGGUAGGAGGAGGAAUUGCUGGUGCUCUUCUUGCUAAAAAUCUUCAAGAUCAUGCCAAUGUCACUUUAAUUGAUCCAAAGGAGUAUUUUGAGAUCAUAUGGGCUUCCUUGAGAUCUAUGGUGGAUCUGUCAUUUGCUGAAAGAUCCUUAGUGAACUACAGUGAUUUUCUGUCACAAGUGAAGUUAAUUACUUCUUAUGCUACACAUAUCACAGAGAGUGAAGUCUUAACUGCACGGGGUGAUCGUGUUCCAUAUGAUUACCUUGUAAUUGCUACAGGUCACGUAUAUUCUGAUCCUGUUACCAGAGCUGAAGGUCUAAGCAAGUACCAAGAAGAGUUAAAUAAAAUAAAGUCUUCAAGUUCGAUAAUGAUCAUUGGAGGUGGCCCCAGUGGUGUAGAGCUUGCUGGUGAAAUCGUUAAUGAGUUUCCUGAUAAAAAAAUUACUCUGGUACACCGUGGACCUAGAUUGCUGCAGUUUAUUGGAUCUAAGGCAUCACAGAAAGCUUUGGAGUGGUUGACCUCAAAGAAAGUUGAAGUGAUCCUUGAUCAGUCUGUUGAUUUGACACCAACUUCAGAAGGUGCAUAUCAAACUUCUGGUGGAGAGACUAUAGUUGCUGAUCAGUAUUUUAGCUGCACUGGGAGUCAAUCAGGGUCUUCAUGGCUUAAAGAUACAAUAUUAAUGGACAAUCUGGAUAUGAAAGGGAAAUUGGUAGUUGACAAGCACUUGAGGGUCGAGGGUCAUAGAAGCAUCUUUGCUAUUGGAGAUAUUACGAAUCUUCCAGAACUAAAACAAGGUUAUUUGGCAAUGAGACAUGCUGAGUUAACUGCGAAGAAUUUGAGGUUGCUACUUGGAGGAGGGUCUGAGGAGAAAAUGACUGUUUACAAGCCUGGUCGUCCAAUCGCUUUUGUUUCACUAGGUAAGAAAGAUGCUGUAGCAGAAAUUAAUGGUUUUACCAUGAGUGGGUGCUUUCCUGGAUUGAUAAAAUCAGGAGACUUAUUUGUUGGGAAAACAAGGAAGACAUAUGGACUAAACUCUUAAUUUGAAUUACUUACAAUUAUGUAUUUGCCAAUAGCCAAUUUUAUAGCAAAUACUGUGAGCUAUUAUUUUUCUUAUAUCAACUUUGGUGAUGUAUGAUUGAUAUAUGUAUUUAUAUAUUCUGCAAUAAAGUAUUGUUUAUAACAUGCAAUA